AUGUACCUAUUGCCUACUGCUCCCUGCACCACCACCAGAGCCUCUGCUGCUACGUCGACGUCCCUCUCGAGGCGUCCUGACUGCUCACCCACCGCCAUGACCACUCCUGUAAUCUCCCCGAGACCGCGAGGCAACUCCCACUCUGCCCAGCGGCCCGUGAGAUCGACGCCCGUGACGAAGCCAAGCACCACACUCCCCAGGACCAACCCGCCGCCGCUCGCGCCCCGCAUGAAUGGCAUCGCAAAGACCCCAAGCCAUGUCGUGCAGAGCAGCAAGGUGCCGGGCACACCGAGUCCUAACUACUUCGGCCUGGCCGUCAACGGCGACCACUUUUCCUCGAGCGCCGCCCAGCACAUUCGCGGCAACUGGAGCCCGCCCACGUCGAAUGUGCGUUCGACCGCCGCUGCAUCGCCGCAGAUGAUACCCGUUGAGCAGAAUCCAGAAUUCGAGCAGUUCCGAAAGGCCUCGGAAAGCGGCAAUGGCUUCGCCCUCGGCAACUUUGACUUUGGCUCCUUCUCCGCCGCCGUGCCCACAAAGGGCCCGCUGACUGGCUCCUACAAGCCGCCCAUGUCGCCGCAGUCGCUGCACAACAUGCCUGCGCGGCCCACCGUCGAAAAGUACGAUGGCAGCAGCGAUUCGUCGCCCAAGUCGCCCAAACCACGCUCACCCAAACGCAUGCUGUCCACCGAGUCCUCCAUGUUCCCUGACCGGCCUCGGAGAAACUCGCCAGCCUCGUUCGAGGGCUUUGGACGCACAGAUGCGAUUGCAGAGUUUGAUGAGAUCCGCCCGCCUCGACCCUCGCUGCCGCCCCAGAAGUCGACUCACCAUCAGCCAAUGCGUGCAGAGACGCUACCUGCUAACAUCUACGAGGAAAGCAACACCGAUGGGCCGACCAUGGCGACGCCUCAGCACAUCCUCAACAUCCUUGAGUCGGCAGUCGAAGAGGUUCUGCUCCUUGACCUCCGAGUCUCUACACAGUAUGCAAAGUCCCGCAUAGCAGGCGCCCUGAGUCUCUGCAUACCCACCACCCUACUCAAGCGAGCAUCCUUCAACGUCCAGAAGUUGGCAGAGACGUUCAAGGAUGACGAGCAGCGACAAAGGUUUGAGAAUUGGAGGAACAGCAAGCACAUAAUAGUCUACGACUCCAACUCGGCGCAGCUAAAGGAUGCUGCAACCUGCAUCAACACACUUAAGAAGUUCACAAGUGAGGGAUGGAGCGGUAGUACCUUUAUCAUCCGUGGCGGAUUCCAAGAAUUUGCACAAAAAUUUCCCAACUGGAUUUCGCAUUCAAGUUCCCACAGUCCGACCUCGUCUGCAGGAUCCAAGGGUGCGCUCAAGCUCAACAUCGGCGGACCCGCUGUCGCACCCGUCAUUGGAGGCUGCCCCAUGCCUGCUACACAAAAUGCUGCAAAUCCUUUCUUCGGCAACAUUCGGCAAAACAUGGACCUCAUUGGUGGCGUAGGACAGAUGCCUGUAAAGCAGCCCACCUCCAUGACCGACUCCGCCAAGGAAGAGAUCCCCCAAUGGCUGCAGAAAGCCGCAGACGACAAGGACGCGGGCAAGCGUGUGUCUGACAAGUUUCUGCACAUUGAAAAGAAAGAGCAAAAGCGUAUGCAGGAGGCACUUUCUGGCAAGGUUGUAUACGGUACUCCAGGCGGACAGAAGGACACCACAAAGAACAUUCAGAUCGCCGGUAUCGAGAAGGGCUCCAAGAACCGAUACAACAACAUUUGGCCAUACGAGCAUUCUCGCGUCAAACUAGAGGGCUGUGAAGAUGGGUCGUGUGAUUACAUCAACGCCAAUCACAUCCAAGCCGCCUAUUCAAACAAGCGUUACAUUGCGACGCAGGGUCCAAUUCCCGCUACCUUCAAAGACUUCUGGAACGUUGUCUGGCAGCAGGACGUCCGCGUCAUUGUCAUGCUUACCGCUGAGCAGGAAGGUGGUCAGGUCAAAGCACACAACUACUGGUCCGACAAGCAUUUCGGUAACCUGCACUUGAAGCAGCUCGGCGAGCACAGGGCUUCACUAGAGCCUUCCAGGAUUCAGAGCCAUAAGGAGCGCUCGCAUUCGCACAGGCCGUCCCUUGGUCAUCGAAAAUCAACAGCCUCACAGCCAAGGACCUCGUUCUUCCCUAACCCUGACGACAACGUCGCCACCGCAUCCCCCACGUCUGAGAAGCCAUACGUCACAGUCCGCAAAUUCACUCUCUCCAACGACGACCAGCCGUUUGAGCGUAUGCGCGAGAUCACACAGCUGCAGUACUCGAAUUGGCCUGACUUCGGCGCUCCUGCACAUCCGACUCACCUCCUCGGCCUCAUUGAGCAAACCGAUGCCGUCGUCCGGUCGGUCAACGGCAUCAACUCACCUGACAAGCCAGAGCCAUCAAACAGCCGCCCAGUCAUUGUCCAUUGUUCUGCUGGUUGCGGCCGCACCGGUACCUUUUGCACCGUCGACUCUGUCCUCGACAUGAUCAAGCGUCAGAAGCUUGCCCGAUCCGACAGGCAAAGCACGCCGAUGGAGAUCGAUGCAGGCUCAUCCGGUCACGGCGACAAUGGUGCGUGGGUCGGCAAGGAAGACUUGGAUCUCAUCGAGAAGACAGUCGAGGACUUUAGGCUGCAGCGUCUGAGCAUGGUGCAGAGCCUGCGCCAGUUCGUCCUCUGCUACGAGAGUGUCUUAGAGUGGCUCAACGAGCAGCACGUCCAGUCCAAGGCUGCUUAA